AUGGGGAGGAAGAUCGGAUCAGCGACCACCAGGAAGACGAGAAAUUAUCAACGGGAAAAUGAGAAAAAGGCGAAAGAGAUAUAUUCGUUGGAAGGUGGGGUGGUGGUGGUGGUGGUGGUGGGGGCGAGAGGAAAAGGGGAGCGGGGAGAGAUUCGAGUUUUUUCAGAAGUGAAAGAGGAAAGAGAAAAGGAAAAAAGGAAAAGGAGAGUACGACCUGUCGUGUCGUGUCGACAUUCCUUUCGGACCCAAGGCAAGGGCGGGGCGGUUAUCCGUCAGACUCAAGUACAAUUACUUCCGUCUUCUUUGCUUCGAGGAGAGAGAGAGAGUGCCGCAAGCAAGCCUAGAGUUUCAACUUGGAUUGCAGACGAUGCCGAUGCUGAUUUCGCCACGACCAAAGCUCCCGACGCAUCACAAACAACGCAGGUGAAAUCUCCAAAGUUUGACCUUUCAACGAAGCAGCCAUCAAAAUUGGCUUUUAAAGCUCUGUCCUUUGGAGGUUUCCAUCCUCGAGGUAGGGUUUCCUUUACUGAUAUAGCUUCCUUUUCUCUACGAUUCCACCUCCUCCAGUUUCUAAGCAUGUUAUGUGUUGAUUCAACAAGAAAAUCUGGAUUUGGGCGUCUAUUACGAAACACGAAGUCGUUUCUCGCUCUACAUACAAACCACAAAAAACCUGCAACCACCUCAAAACAAGCUAAAAAGCGAAGCGAUUUGCAAAUUUGGGCACAAUCAAAACGAGCCCAGGCCCAUCUAGUCAGCCCGACCGUAUCAAGCACAUGGAUUUUUCAAAUCAGCACCAAAAGGCUCAUAACCUCAAAGACAAUCGAGGAGGAGUAGGAGGAGAAGAGAAAUAGGAGACGGAUGGAACGAUCUUUUUCCAUACCCUCACCCAAAAGUAAGAAAAAGAAGAAUGUCUAUACAAGCCAUAUUAUCAAUCAUAUCUAUUUUAAAAAUCCCCGCACGCAAAUAGCACUUGUUUGAGAAACACUCAAAUAUAAAAUUGAUGUAUAAGCUGGACUUGUGCCAAAUAUUAGACCAUGGAAAUAUAUUUGGGGAGGCCAAUAAAGAAGGCCGAAAAGAUUUGAUCUCA